AUGCGACUCAUCCUGCGCCUCCCGCGCUGCUUCAAUACAAGCUUUCAACCUUGCACAAGACAUUUUUCAAUCACUGCCGCAGCUAGCAGAGCAAAGGUCGAUCGUAAGGCACCUGUCAACAUGUCGACAAGCACGACUAAGACCGGCCAACCUCUUGACCGUGGUGUUCUCGACGGUCUUCUGCGACGACGACUAUUCUACACUCCUGCGUUCGAGAUUUACGGGGGAGAAAAGGGCCUCUACGACUAUGGGCCCCCAGGGUGCUCUUUGCAGGCGAACAUUGUGGACCUGUGGAGGAAACACUUUGUUCUCGAGGAGGACAUGCUGGAAGUCGACUGCACCAUGUUAACACCAGAAGCUAUUCUUAAGACCUCCGGGCACGUUGACAAAUUUGCCGAUUGGAUGUGCAAAGAUCCCAAGACUGGCGAGAUCUUCCGCGCAGACCACCUUGUCGAGCAAGUGCUCGAGGCUCGGUUGACAGCCGACAAGGAAGCUCGUGGGCAGAAGAUCGAAGUUGAGGAGGCGAAAGACGCGAAAAAGAAGAAAGUCAAAGCUGUGGCUGCCCAGAAGCUGGAUGACGCUGUAGUCAAGGAGUACGAAGAGACCCUUGCGAAGAUCGACAACUACGGCGGCGUGGAGCUCGGAGAGCUUAUCAAGAAGUUCAACAUCAAGGGUCCCACCAGCGGAGUUGAGCUUGAACCUCCCAAGGCUUUCAACCUCAUGUUUCAGACCCAGAUUGGUCCGGCUGCAGACAGACCAAAUGGCUACCUACGCCCUGAAACUGCCCAGGGGCAGUUUCUGAACUUCCAGAAGUUGCUCGAGUUCAACCAGCAGGCGAUGCCUUUCGCCUCCGCUUCGAUCGGAAAGUCUUUCCGGAAUGAGAUCGCUCCGCGAUCUGGAUUACUGAGAGUGCGCGAGUUCCUGAUGGCUGAGAUUGAACACUUCGUGGACCCGGAAUCUGGGAAGAGACACCCGCGCUUCGAGGACGUCCAGAACACGAAGCUCAGACUACUGAACCGAGAUGUCCAGCUCUCUGGGAGCACCAAGCUCGAGGAGGUGACCAUUGGCGAUGCUGUCAGAUCCAAACUUGUAGACAACGAGACGCUCGGCUACUUUCUUGUUCGCAUCCAGGAGUUCUUACUCAAGAUUGGUGUGGAUCCUAGCAAGCUUCGUUUCCGUCAGCAUAUGGCAAACGAGAUGGCUCACUAUGCUGCUGACUGCUGGGAUGCUGAGCUCUUCACCAGUUACGGGUGGAUCGAGUGUGUCGGUUGUGCUGACAGAUCAGCCUACGACUUGACAGUGCACAAGGAAAAGACUGGUGCUCCUUUGGUCGUCCGCCAAACUCGGGCCGAACCUCUAGUGCUUGAAGAAUGGGAGGCCGAGCUCAAUAAGAAGAAACUUGGCCCUAAAUUCCGAAAGGACGCAAAAGCUGUUGAAAACGCUGUGGACGCUCUCUCACAGGAACUCCGCGAGAAGCUCUCUCUUGAACUGCAGAAAGACGGAAAAAUCACGAUCGAUACCCCCAAUAUUGGCUCCGGCAAAACCGAGCUCGAGAAGGAUCUCAUCACCAUCGAGAAGCGCAAGCGUACUGAGCACACUCGUGAAUACACUCCCAAUGUCAUCGAGCCUUCAUUUGGUAUCGGCCGCAUACUCUACAGUCUCAUGGAGCACGUCUUCUGGACGCGUGAGGGUGAUGAGGCUCGUGGUGUGCUCUCAUUCCCUCCCAUAGUGGCGCCCACGAAAGUCCUACUUGUCCCGCUGUCCAACCAUCCUGACCUGCGCAAGUUUCUCAACGGACUGUCCUCCAAGCUUCGCAAGGCUGGAGUCGCAAACAAGACCGACGAUUCCUCCGCCAGCAUUGGCAAGCGGUACUCCCGUAAUGACGAGCUUGGGACUCCCCUCGGCAUUACCAUCGAUUUCCAGACUGUCAAGGACAGCACUGUCACACUGCGUGACCGAGACUCCACCAAGCAAGUCCGCGCGUCUCAAGACGACAUCGUUGCUGCGGUGAAGGCGCUCUGUGAUGGUGAGAAGUCUUGGGAUGAUAUUGCGAAGGAGCUGCCAGCCUUUGAGGGCCAGGAGGCUGACUGA